AGGCUCCUGGAGACGCUGCUACACAUUACAGAGAACCGGGGAUGGAGGAGAGGCGGAGAGGGGUGGAAGAAAAAAGUUUCAUUUAAAGCUGGGAGAGAAACUUUCAACAUGAAGCCGCAACGUUUCACCAUAGAAAAACCUGCGCUAUAGGAAAAAAAAAGAUAGAAUUCUCGUGGUUUUGUUUUUUCAUCCCUCAGCUUGUGUUUUCCCCUUCCCCCCGUUGUCAUUUUCUGCGCGCAAGACUGGUCGGGGCUUGCUGUCACUGUGCGCUGAGAUGUUGGAGUGACCAUGGCUGCGCAAGUGGCAUCGGCUCUGACCAGAACUAAUAAUAAAAAUAAGAAAUUAUCAGGCGCUUUGGCUCCGGAGCUGAAUUCUGGAAAAGCCGGGGGAGGAGGAGGGAACGCGCAGCGGAGCGGACAGAUGCUGGCAGCCGGCGAUGGAACUCUGAAUAAUGUAGAUCAUCACCGCCGAGGCGAGCUCGGCACCAUGGUCCAUUCAACUUCCUCUCCGGACGGCCACGACAAGCCCGGGAUUAACCUCUCGGCGUCCAAUUCAAACACUUCUCCAAUGGAAACGACUCUGACUGCGAACCACAAACUGAAAUGUGCGGGGAGCGCAGAUGCGCCUCAGUCUCAGCCGCCGCAGUUCGGCCAGUUUGCGCCACACCAACAGCGACAAAGUAACAGUAACAACGGACAGGCCCCCCGCGGGGACAGAAGUGUGGAGCACCAGCAGCACGGUGGGAAGGAGAACCUGUUGGUGGGGCAGGAGGACUCCCAGCAACAUCACGGCCCGGGGAAAGGUGAGGGGGACCUCACCUGUAAACCCAUGGAGAGGAUGGUGGCCUCCAGGUUUGAAUCCAACUUGGGGCCCCCUACCAACAACUCUGAGUUUAAUAACAGCUAUUAUCCUUCAAGGCCGUGUUAUGAUCAACAACAAAGCAGUGGGACGGGGGUUACGCACUCCGUGGAAAACUCCCACGAAGGGGGUUACCACAACAGCCAGUACGGCCAGUAUCCUGCGUACCGGGCGGGUUAUGGCGGCGGGGCCUACGGGAUGAUGGGCCCCUCCGGAUGCAGGCAGCCAGGCAACAUCAUGAUGGGCAGCAACUCCUCUGCGAGCCACGGCAAGUCCCCUGCCUCAGGUGGGUUUCAGAGAUACCCAGGGCAAGCCCAGCAUCAGCAGCAGGGGCCCUCAGGGGCCACGCCGACUCUCAAUCAGCUGCUUACGUCCCCCAGCCCGAUGAUGCGGGGUUACGGAGGUGCUUAUCAAGAUUUCGGGGCACCGACCCCUCAACAGCAGGCAGGCAUGGCGUUGGGGAAGGACGUGACCCCCCACUAUGGAACCAGCACUGCGCACUGGGGAGCGCAGCAGCGGAACCACCCGCUCUCCAUGAACGCAGGGAGCGGAGGGCAGGGCCUCAGCAGAACACAGGUUCCCGCCAUGGACUUCAUGGCUAUGAAGCGCUCACAGAUGUAUGGAAUGACAAACAAUCCAUACUCCAGUCCCCAACAGCCAGGGGGUGCGAGCUACCCCUCAAGCCAGCCAUAUGCAUCACCUUCUCCACAUCGAUAUCCAUUGAGCAUGCAGGGGAGGAGCCAAAUGGGGAUGACUGGCAUGCAAUACCCUCAACAGCAGCAAGUUGCACCAUAUGGGCAGCAGUCGAUGGGGGGAUUCAGCAGGGAGCAGCAGGGAGGGCAGCAGGGAACCCCUCCGUACUUCAGUCCUCCUCAACAAACUCCCACAGGCCCAUCCCAGAGUUCCUUCCUGCAACCUCGACCCCUUCCACAGCAGGAGGCUCAGCAAGAAAGCUACAACAUUAGAGGACCUGUUCAAGGGAACUCUGGAAAGACCAACAAUGAGGACGGAGUUCCUCAGGACCGCCCUUCCAGUCUGCCGCCUGCCAAGCUGCUGCACAGCCUCCCAUCCUCUGGGACAUGGGAGAGGAUGGCCAGCCAUGUGGAAAGACAGAGUGAGAGCUGGGGGUGGGAGAGCGAGAGCCUCUUUGCCCCUCCUUGA